AUGGUCGGUUUAAACUUCGAUUUAUAUCAAAGAAAUACAUUCUUACAAUCAAAAGGAUUCAGUCAACCAAAAGCUACUUCAACAGGUACUACUAUCGUAGGUUGUAAAUUUAAAAAUGGAGUUGUAAUUGCAGCAGAUACAAGAGCAACAGCAGGACCAAUUGUAGCAGAUAAAAAUUGCGAAAAGUUACAUAGAUUAUCACCUAAAAUAUGGUGCGCUGGAGCUGGUACUGCAGCAGAUACAGAAAUGGUUACUCAAUUAAUUUCAUCAAAUUUAGAAUUACAUUCAUUAUCACAAAAUAGACAACCAAGAGUUAUAACAGCAGUUACAAUGUUGAAACAACAUUUAUUUAAAUAUCAGGGGCAUUUAGGUGCUUAUUUAAUUGUUGCUGGUGUUGAUCCAUUAGGUGCUCAUUUAUUGUCAGUACAAGCUCAUGGUUCAACUGAUAUUGGUAAAUAUCAAAGUUUGGGUUCUGGUUCAUUAGCUGCAAUGGCUAUUUUGGAAACGAAUUUCAAAGAAGAUAUGACAAAAGAUGAAGCUAUUAAAUUGUGUAGUGAUGCUAUAUUAGCUGGUAUUUGGAAUGAUUUAGGUUCUGGUUCAAACGUUGAUGUUUGUGUUAUGGAAUUGGGUAAAGAUGCUGAAUUAAUGAGAAAUUAUAUUACACCGAAUGUUAGAAUUGAAAAAUGUAAAAAUUAUAAAUUUGAAAAAGGAACAACUGCUAUUUUGAAGCAGAGUAUUAGAGAUAUAUGUGAUGUUGAAGAAACUGUUAUAAGUUUUGAUGAUAAUGGUGAUAGAAUGGAAAUAGAUGCUCAAGCGUAA